GCAAAUCCCUCUGGGUCGUUCCCCCAUAGACUCAAGGCCAGUCCAGAGUGCCUAAGAGCAAAGCAAACAGCCUUAUCGUGAAAGUGUGGGGCCCUGACUAUAAAUAGAGAAGUCACUUGAGUCUCUCUCUCACUCAAGAUGAAACUGCUUCUGCUGGUCACUCUGCUCACAGCAGGCACUACUGCACACAGCAUCAGCCCUCGGGCUGUGUGGCAGUUCCGCAAUAUGAUCAAGUGCACCAUCCCUGGGAGUGAUCCCCUGAAGGAGUACAACAACUAUGGUUGCUACUGUGGCUUGGGCGGCUCAGGUACUCCGGUGGACGAGUUAGACAGGUGCUGCCAGACUCACGACCACUGCUAUGAUCGGGCGAAGAAGCUGGAAAGCUGCAAGUUCCUCAUAGACAACCCCUACACCAAUACAUACUCAUAUUCGUGCUCCGGGAAUGAGAUCACCUGCAGUGACAAAAACAAGCCCUGUGAGGCCUUCAUCUGCAACUGUGACCGUGAGGCUGCCAUCUGCUUCUCCAAGGCUCCAUACAACAAGGAGUACAAAGGCAUUAAGUGUUAG